AUGACGGUGGACGAUGACCCGCUCCAAAUAUGGCGCCCUUACCUGCAGCAACUUCCCGCUCACCACGACCCUUCUUCGGUCAAUCUCGCUGACCUUGAGAACCACUUGCUUAACGGAGUCCCACGGGUAUUGACACGCAGAAAUGAAAUUCACGUCCGACUAACGGAUGUCUACGAUGAUCAUCGUGCAACAAAACUCCACAGGGACUUGGAAUCGCUUCAAGGCUUUUUCACUACAGAGUCGGCCAUACCGGAUGGGUUGAAUAUAAGGAUCUUGUCCAUCUACUCCUCCGCCUCCAUCCUCCCGCUCAAGAUUACUCCGCUGUUUAUGGCCCUUCUGCUAGAGCGAUAUGCCGUCCAUCCGUCUUUUAUCCAAGUGCUGCUCUCUUUUGGGAGAAAUGUUCAUAUUUCAGAAGCAGGGAACAGCCUUCUAUGUGUGGACGAGCGCGAGAACGACGCCUAUGUUUCAUAUCAGCUCAACUAUGUUGAAAAGACUAAACGCAGGCUGAUACCUUGGUCAUGGCGCCACACUGGGGUGUACCAUCAUCGUCACCAAUCAAAUGAGCAUCAGAGAGGAUACGAUUUUUUCAUUCUCCUUCAUCCGAAUGAGACUAGUGUCCCGGAUGAAAGGAUUCUAGAUGGGCUUGGAAUCUUUGAAGAGCCAAGAAUGCAAGCAGGCCUAAGCCAAAAUGAAGCCAGGAACCAAUCAAUACUGGUUCAUUCGCUAGUUCUCUCCUCCUUCAUUUGCAACUGGAGAUGGUAUCUUCGAUAUCUCGGAGAUCAGUUCGAAGAUUUUAAUAACAGAGCUCUGGUGGACUUACCUGAUGAGUCCACUCCCAGAGAGAGCUAUAAAACAGUUUCAGAGCUUCGCAAUUUGAAUGACUUCGCCCUGCGCGCACAUGUCUGCUGUCGUGGCAAUUUGGACCUAGUUAGAGCCCUGAAACCCGUCAUUGCCUCUUCAUUGGGUAGAAGGGCAACGGAAUCCACGAGACAAGCUCUCCCGGGGUGCGAAACACUAUCAUUAGCGCUCGAGGGCUACAUAAAGAGCUGUGAAGAGCUAAUCCCAAGGAUGAGGAACGCGAUUGAUCUGCUUGAAACAGCGAGAGUCGACCGUGAACUGCGCGAUUUGACCAGCAGCCUAAAGCGCUUGCAGGAGGACAACUUGGAUGAUAGCGCCGCAGUCAAAGUAAUCACAUUCGUGUCGGCAAUCUACUUACCAGGCUCUUUCAUCGUAAGCCUAUAUGGAAUGAAUUUCUUCGUCUUCGAUGAGGAUUCACGCCAGAUUGUCAUUGCCAAGGACUUCUGGGUAUUUCUCGCCACCUGGCUGCCGCUGACCCUGGUCACAGGGUUGAUAUAUGUGUUGAUUGUAUGGUUCGAUGCUUGGUGGAAAAGGAAGCCGUUCCGCUUUUUUGAGCGUCCGGGGAAGCGCGACGUGAGUAAACCGGAGAUGCAGGUUGGGAAGGAGUUCGCAAAUGAGUGA